AUGGAGGUGGGUGCUAACGGGAUUUUUCUGCACCAGAACGACUCUGCGGAGACGAUCAAGCUGGAGAUGUCGCCUGUCGGCGGUUCGGGGAGCGCAGGCAGCGGCAGCGCGAUGGGCAGCGCGGACGACGAGCUGACGAAGUGCAUCAGCGACCUGAACAUCUUCGAUCUGCUGCACAACAACCCGCCGUCGAGUUCGGACGACAACGAGGAGGGUGGGCGGCGGGCGGCGGCGAGCGGGCCGUGGGGCACGGGUGCGCGGGCGCGGCCGGCACUGCGCAAGUUGAAGUCGUCGUUGAAGCUGGCGGCGUCGGCGUCGAGCUGCAGCUCGGCGUCGCUGUCGUCGAGCAAGAGCGUGCGGUUCGCGCCGCAGUUGGCGACGGUCAAGCGGUUCGACCUGAACAGCGAGCCGAUGUCGAUCUCGAACGAGAACUCGCCGGAGUUGACGUCGCUGGACCAGCUGGUGCACUCGGAAGGAGUGCUGGACAAGUUCUGGUUCGGGACGCAGCCGUACGCACGGGUGCGGGGGCUGCGAGCGCCAGCGCGGGGCGUGCCGAAGUUCACGCUGGACUACGACUCGGACGACUCGGACGACAAGGAGCUGGACGGGCCGGAGUUCGACGAUCUCUCUUCGAUCGAGCUGUCCGAGGAGGAGGGCUACGACGACGACGACGACGAGCCGGCGCGGGACGAGGGCGACGCAGCCGGGUUCCUGAUCCGCCACUGGGAGCUGGGGGGCUCGAAUCUUGUGUCGUUCCACCCGCAGGGCGCGCUGCCGCUCCAGGACCAGCUCUUCCAGUUCUUGCAGGGGCACAACAUCAGGUUGAACAAGGUUUCGCUUGUGGACAUGCACACCAUAAAGGGUUCGCUCUACGUGACCAACUUGCAUUUCGAGAAGUUCAUUGAGGUGAAGUUCUCCUUUGACGAGUGGAAGAACAUCCAUUACGUAACCGCGCAGUACCUGAAGACGGUCACGUCGAAGGUGGAUGAGUUCCAGUUCAUCAUCGACUUGUCGAGCUACAAGUACUUCAUGAAAGUCAAAAAUCUGCUCUACUGCGUGCCCGGCGCACGCGAGACAUGGUGCCCGGUCACGAUGUCGCUAUGCUGCCGCUAUGAUGUGAACGGGGAGACUUACUACGACAAUAACAACUAUGAAAAUUACCAAUUCAACGCCAAAUGCCUGACGGUGCCUGCAGUCCUUUCCACAGUGCCUUCACGAUCGGCGUUGCUUCCAGAUCAGCCGUCGAGGGUGAGGAAGAGGAGCGGCAGGAGCAUCGGCGGGAACUACGCGAAGACGUCUUGCUAUGGCACACCACCACAUAGCAAGAGCUACAGCAAUGUCCCGUUGCGGAAAUCUCUAAGUUAUGAUUUCCUAAUGAACUUUAGUCAAAAGAAGGCGAAUUCCAUAUCCUCAUCUUCGUCCUCAUCACCCUCAGGAAUUGCGACUACGCCGCCGUUGGAGCGACCACCUAUUAGCAGAAAAUUCCCUGAUGAUACAGACUAUUUCAACACUUCUCCCUUAAAGCACAUAUAUCACUUCAAUUCCAUCAAAAAUACCACUAUGGACUCCGCUAUAUCACAAAAGUUGACCAAUGGUGAUGCCAUGCAUGCUGAUUCUUCUAGGGACUACGUACAUGGGAGUCUUUCUUCGACCGCAUCCAACGAAUCCAUACUGCGGACCCCUCGAUUACGUGACAGUGUUUUGUCGUCGAGUAUUUCCGCGACUUCCAAUAGCAGCAAUAUCAGCUCUGAAGACCGCAGUGAGCAUCGUCUUUAUAAGACUCACCGUUUGCAUGGCCACGCCUACGGUGAGAACAAUAGUUGCAGCUCUUCUGGCGAAAUGCAACUACCGAUGGAGCACACGCCCGCCGGGUAUGCGAAAAUAUUCGGCGACUAUAAUGUGUAUUCAUCGGGCCUCAUACGUUCCAGGGAGCCUGGAGCUCAAAAUAUUAACUCUUUCUUGGCGAAAACAAUCUGCUCUUCUCAUCAGUCCGCCACCAAGGACUCUGAUAAGGUAGCUGUUUUUGCCGAAGAUAGGUAA